UACAUCAUCACCGUCGACUUUUACCCCUUUUCUCCAAGUUAUUUUCUCAUAUGAUGUCAAGAUUCGUCCCUAAGAGCCAGCCUAUGAACAACCGGCCACGUUACAGAUCAAUGGAGCUCACUUUGCCACCCCGGGAACGUACCACCAGUACUGACAGCUUGAUAGAAGAUGGUACAAAACGCAGGUCUUCUUCUCGAGCCAUUAAGAGGCCAAAGUUUGAUGAUGAACUUGUGGAGUCGAGUCUUGGGGGUCAGAGCUCUACACCCAUAAGCAAGAUACGCACUCGUAAUCCUUCCCUUUCUACAGCGUCAGACUGCUCUGUGUCAUUACCACCAACUCCGUCUGUAACCUCAGAUGUCCGUAAACGCUUAUCAUCAAAGUCUUCCAGCAAACGCAAGAAAGGACGAGGGUCUCAGUCCAUAGUAACAAAAGAUCUUGGACGUUGGAAACCGACUGAUGACCUGAGUCUUAUUAUUGGGGUUCAGCAAACUUGUGACUUGGUCACUGUACACAGGGGUGUCAAGUUUUCAUGCAAGUUCACCCUUGCCGAAGUACAGGAACGCUGGUAUGCUUUGCUGUAUGAUCCAACUGUGUCCAGAAUUGCUCAACAGGCCAUGAAGAACCUACAUCCUGAUCAGAUACAAGCUGUACAAUCACGUGCAUUGUACAGCAAGGCAGAAGAGGAACUUCUAGGGGUUAUAAAGUCAAACUCAAACCCAUUACUCCAGACAUUUGAAUCACUCCUACAAGAACAUCCCAAUGUUUUCUACCCUGCUCGUACAGCCAAGGCCCUCAUGGCCCACUGGCACCUCCUGAAGCAGUACCACCUCCUGCCUGAUCAAACGGUUCCUCCUCUCAACAAAAAUGGUCCUGUGAAGGACUUCUCAGAGGCUGAGCAGCAAAUCCAUGACUCCGAGCUGUAUGAAAGUAGCGAUGAUCUCUUAGAACAUGAGCUUGGUGUGGCCAGCAGAGGAAGCAAGAGAGAAAUACGGUUACUAGAGGACCAGGUUUCUAAGUGGCAAGUUCUCGUAGACACUGUGACAGGAAUCUCUCCACCUGAAUUUGAUAAUCAGACACUUGCUGUUCUGCGUGGCAGAUUAGUAAGGUAUUUAAUGAGGUCACGUGAGAUCACCCUAGGUCGCAAGGCUGCAGGAGUGAAUGUAGAUGUUGACCUUUCUCUUGAAGGUCCAGCAUGGAAAAUAUCUCGUAAACAGGGCAUAAUCAAGCUGCGGAACACUGGAGACUUCUUAAUAGCCAAUGAAGGGAAGAGGCCCAUAUAUGUAGAUGGUAAACCAGUAUUGGCUGGGAACAAGACAAAACUGAACAACAAUUCUGUGGUAGAAAUAGCAUCUCUUAGAUUUAUCUUCCUAAUCAACCUUGAUCUCAUCAAUGUGAUACGACAGGAAACCGCCAAACUUAGUGGACACUAAUGACAGCCCAUCAUAGCUUACCUCAGUGAUAAUUCAAAUAGUAAGAAAUUACCCUCAUCACACACACACCAUGAAAGGCCCCUCAUCAGCAGAAUAUCAUCAUGUCACUCGAAGACGGUGCUUCAACUGGUUUAGGAAUUGUAUGACUAAUUAUGUACUGUUGCUUAUCGUUGAGGUAGAUAGUCUACUUUUUCCCCUCCCUUCAAAAUUUCUCAGAUACCAAAGACAAUGAUGGUCCUCCAUUUACUUUUUGAACCAAGAGAAAUGAUCACAGGUAUUUUUC